AUGUCAAAUUUAAACGUGCAAACUCCCCCGAAAAGUUACGAAUUUUUAACAUCCGGCACUCCUCGUACAGAAGGCGAGACUCCAUGGCAGUAUAACCUGCGAAAGCUUUUGACCAUCAAAUCUAUAAAGUCUUUGGAGGCUGACCAAAAAAAAUCUACAUUGAAUAGAUGCUUAGGACCCCUUGACUUGACUAUGGUCGGCAUUGGAGGGACUAUUGGGGCGGGAAUUUUCGUUCUGACUGGUGAGUUGAAGGAAUCAACAAUAUUAUUCCAUCGUUGUAAUGUGGGGAGGGGACAGUCUACUCAAGCAAACGCUAUUAUCCCUAUUCUGACACUUUUGCCUACCGAACCAGGCCAGGCGGCUGCAAACCAUGCGGGUCCAGCUGUAGUCAUAUCAUACAUCAUAUCCAGUUUUGCCAGCGUCUUUGCCGCACUAUCCUAUGCCGAACUUGCCUCGAUGAUUCCAAUCUCUGGCUCAGCCUAUACUUACGCAUAUGCCACUAUGGGUGAACUGAUGGCUUGGAUAGUCGGAUGGGAUCUCAUACUGGAAUAUCUCGUUUCAAUCGCCGCCGUCGCUGUUGGAUGGUCUUCGUACCUUGUUUAUUUCAUCCAAGAUGCGUUUUCUAAAACAUUAAAUCCCUCGUAUACACAAUCCCCGUUCAUUUUCAACUCUACUACUUCGGCGUUUCAGUCAGUUCCAGGAACAUAUUUCAAUGUACCGGCGUUUGUAGUGGUCGUGUUCCUCACGUGUCUAUUAGUUCUCGGAAUCAAAGAAUCAUCUUGGUUCAAUACUUCGAUUGUAGCCUUUAAGAUUUUCGUGAUUCUAUUAUUCGUGUUUGCCGCCGCGCCCUCGGUAAAAACCGAAAACUAUCACCCAUUUGUACCCAAGAACGAGGGGAGUUUCUCUAAAUUUGGUGUAUCGGGAAUUUUCUCUGGUGCAUCGGUAGUAUUCUUCGCCUACAUUGGAUUUGAUGCUGUUUCAACUGUCGCACAAGAGACAAAGAAUCCUUCGAGAGACUUGCCUAUCGGGAUUUUGGGAAGUUUGCUCGUAAGCACAAUAUUAUAUGUGGCCGUUUGCUUGGUAAUGACUGGGGUAGUGAGUUAUACCGAAUUGAAUACAGCAGCACCAAUAGCAGUAGCCAUACGCGCGACUGGAAUGCGAUGGCUUGCGAUAAUAGUAGAUCUCGGUGCAAUUGCCGGUCUUACAUCAGUAAUACUCGUUAUGAUCAUGUCUCAGCCGCGCAUAUUCUACACAAUGGCCAAAGACGGUCUCUUCCCUACCAUAGCUACCAAAGUCCACCCACGCUUUAAAACACCCUAUGUUACCACAAUAGCAACCGGUGCAGUAGCUUCACUCGGUGCUGGAUUCCUGCCUAUAGACGUCCUGGCUGAUCUCACUUCCGUCGGUACACUUUUCGCUUUCUUCCUGGUCAAUAUGGGCGUAAUGAUUCUUCGCCUUAAGGCUCCUCAUAUACCUCGAGGAUUCCGUGUACCUGGUGGACCAUUCUUUGUGCCAAUCACUGGGGCCGCAAUGAAUCUGUUAUUAUUAGCCACUUGCACGAAAAAUAGUAUUGAGCGUCUGUUUAUUUGGAUGGCAAUCGGAUUGGUUAUCUAUGGCUUAUAUGGAAGGAGGAAUUCCAAAGCUAAUAGUCCUAGUAAUGCUAAUGAUAAUGAGAAGACAGUCGGGGUCGACGUUUUUGAGCAGCACAGGAAUGACCGACAUAUUGUGACUGAAGCGAAUGAAGAAAACGAAGUGACCGAAAUAAAUGAAACAAACGAUGUAGUCAAUGUUUGA